AAUUCCUUGUCAAUCCAAGACACAAAAACCCCUUUCUUUCUUCUGCUUAAUCUCGAUACAAUCUUGUAAAUAUUUAGCGAACCCAAAAGCUUGACCGUCAUUUUACUCCUUUUUCCCGCGUAUCGUUCGUACACAUAUAUACAUAUACAUGUAUACUGGGAAGUUUAUACAGUGUCAGAGUAAACCCUUUCCUCUAAGCAAAGCCGCCCCAUAAAAAGGGGAAAGCAAAUGCAGAGGUUCAAUCAAAUGUACUCCGUCGGUGCCCGUACAGUUAUUGCCUGUACAAUCAAACCCUACUAAGGAGUUGUUGGUUUGGUACUGAUCACGAUUCGAAUUUGGGGUUUCUCGAGUCACCAUCAAUCAAUUAUCAGUGGUAUUGUUGUGUAUAUUGAUUGAAAAAGAUAUAUAGUUUUACUAAUGCUAGAUUAUGGGAUAUCAAGAAUAAUGUUGGUGGUACUGGAGUUAGUAAGAAGAGGUUUACUAUUUCGAGCUUGGGCUGCAGACAUUCUAUUUUGAUGGGCUUGGAAAUAUGGAGUACAGUCUGUGUUUCUGGCAUGGAAUAAUUGUGGUGAAACACUCAGUAGAGCAUUAGCCUGAUUCAAUGUUAUUUCUCGAAUAUGAGUGUCAAUAGUACAUUGGAACUUGCUCUAAGAGAUAUUCUUCAUGUGAUUAAUCCAUUACCGGAGGAUUGGUCGACACGAUACGAAAUUAUUAAUGAGCUUCAAGCUGUUGUUCAAUCCGUGGAAAGUCUAAGAGGUGCAACUGUGGAGCCAUUUGGUUCAUUUGUGUCUGUUCUCUUCACACGAUGGGGAGAUCUGGAUUUAUCUAUAGAAUUACCUAAUAAUUCAUAUAUUCCAUGUGCUGGAAAAAGGCGCAAGCUGACUUUACUUGGGGAGGUACUCAAAGCUUUGAGAAGGAAAGGUGGAUGGCGUAAAUUGCAAUUUGUUCCCAAUGCAAGGGUUCCCAUUUUAAAGUUAGAGAGCUACCAGAAUAUCUCUUGUGAUAUCUCAAUCAACAAUCUGAAUGGCCAGAUUAAGUCCAAACUAUUAUAUUGGAUCAAUUUGAUCGAUGGACGCUUUCGUGAUAUGGUUUUACUGGUCAAGGAAUGGGCCAAAGCACAUAAUAUUAAUGAUCCGAAGUUUGGAACUCUAAAUUCCUACUCCCUUAGUUUGCUUGUUAUCUUCCAUUUUCAGACUUGUGUACCUGCAAUUUUACCUCCUCUUAGGGAAAUCUAUCCUGGAAACUUGGUUGAUGGCCUUACAGGUGUGAGGGCUGAUGCAGAGAGACAUAUAGAAGAAACAUGUGCUGCAAACAUAUUUAGGUUUAAAGAAGACAGGUCCAGAAUUGUUAAUCGGAGUUCUUUGUCUGAGCUUUUCAUUUCAUUCCUUUCACAGUUCUCUAGUAUGAGAGCAUCGGAGCAUGGUAUCUGCACAUAUACUGGACAAUGGGAAGACAUAGAUAGUAAUAUGAGAUGGAUGCCCAAAACUUUCGCUCUAUUUAUUGAGGAUCCAUUUGAGCAGCCACUUAAUACCGCGAGGAGUGUUAGCAGUGGGCAAAUGACAAGGAUAUCAGAAGCAUUUCAGACAACACACCGUAUGCUUACCUCAGCUAAUCAGAAUCACGGUUCUCUCAUUGCCACUUUAGUCAGGCCGCGCAUAUUGUCUUCUGUUUUCACAAGAACGCCAUCUAUAAACCCCAACGACUACAACAGGACUCGUCCACAGGUGCAGAGGAACGUACACUCACCGUCACAAGUUCAACAGCAGUUUCAGAGCAUGAGGCUAGAUAGUCGUCCCACCAAUACGACGACGAGGACGCAGAGACCUGCGCAGACAUUUUACAAUCAAGGCCAGCAAUCGUGGAGACCCAGGUCUAACAGAUAGAAGGCUCUAACGAGUUUUUCUACCUGAACGACCUGUACGUAGUUCUAUUUGGAAAGGUGAGGGUCUAGUACUUUGCCCAGUUGGUUUUGAAACCUUACAAGUUUGGAAGGAAAAAAAAAAAAAAAAAAAGAA